AUGAUGACAGAGACAUAUUAUUAUCUCUCAAUGCUUGCGUGUAGGCAUGCCCUUUAUAUACUUGGCCUUAUCGCUUGCACGUUGGCCCUCAGAUGCUACGUAGGAGAAACAAAGAAUAAUGGAAAGCCGAAUAGUACACAAGUAUGUAUGUCGGCAAAGUAUUGCUUAAAGAAAACUCGGAAAUCUGGUAUAGACUCUAUACAUCUGUAUGGCUGCGACGACUUAAGUGACUGCCGUAGGAGCAUCUUGGAUAUCUUUGGCAUGACGAUCUUUGCGAAAGGUAGAGGCGGAGGUGGGAAAGGCGGAGGUGGGAAAGGCGGAGGAGGGAAAGGGAGAGGCGGAAAGGGCGGAAGGGGAAAGCGAGGAAGAAGAUCUAAGCGGCGUAGUCCUACAAAGAAAAGUUGCUUAACAAAGAACAAGGUCACCAAGUGCUGUUGCAAGAAAGAUUUGUGCAAUGGAUUGGAACAAGUUCCGGCAUUUGCUGCCUUGGUGACAUCUACUAUGUUCUUUCUUAACACUUAGUAGAGCCAGCAAAUAUGUUGGACACGACGAUGUUCACAUUUUGUUUAUAUCUGUAAACAAAAAAAGUUUGAAAUAAAUUUGUAUCAGA